AUGCAGCUAAGCCUUUGCAAUUCUGAACCUGAACCUGAACCUGAACCUGAACCUGAACCUGAACCUGAGCUCAUCAUCAAUUCAGAUGAUCGUCAGGGGAAGCAGCAGCAGCAGCAGCUCUACACGGUGUGGAUGAAAUCGCUGGUGUUCAGCGGCCGUGGGUGCACCGUCUACGGCCAGGACGGCCGCGCCGCCUACCGCGUCGACAACUACGCCUGCAGGCGCCGCCGCGAGGUGUUCGUCAUGGACAGCGCCGGCAGGACACUCCUCAAGCUACUCAAGAAGAAUUUUGGGGUGUUCAAGACAUGGCAAGGCUACUCCCGCUGCAGCAAUGGCGGUGCAGCCUCGGGAGAGCCAUGGUUCAGGGUGCAGAAGGAGCACAGGAUUCUGAAGAAGAAGGGAGGGCAAUGCAGUGUCAGAGCUGUGGCUGAGAUCGCUAUGAGCGGAGAGGUGUACAGGAUCAUCGAUGGCAUGUCGCACAAAUCGGACUACAGGAUCAUUGGCGCAGGAGAUGAGGUUCUGGCCGAGAUCAAGAGGAAGCAGACGGAGGCAGGCGUCGUUCUGGGAGAAGAUGUUCUGAGUCUGACAGUGGGCCCCACCGCGGAUCGACUGCUCGUUGUGGGGCUUGUGGUCGUCUGUGGCCUCCUUGACCGCUGCAUCUGA